CCUGACCAGCGGCUUGAAAACAUCAAUAUCAAAUUAUAGUGAAGAAGUCAGUUCCUUGUUCGAUUCACGACUCGGUAAAUUCCUUACUGGAAACACCACUACCAGCAAUGGAAAACUUAUUGAAUGGUGUCGGGACAAGUAUGGACGAAAGAGAUUCGGUGACAGAUCCUCGAUCAUGGAGAGCUGUACCGGAUAAAAGAUUGUCUUGUAGAAAGAGGUCUAUCAAUCCCCCAGAACCUAUGCACAAUUUCGGACGCAAGGGACAUCUCUUAGAAGAUGGUAGCCAUGAGAGCCGUAUGGUAGAUCCGUCUGAGCACAAGCUAGCCUGGACUAAGCCCGCUGCUCACGUCUUGAUUGUGAAGAAGAUCUUCGAGUGUAACAUAACCUCCAAGUUCAAAGAGCUCUGCGCAUGGCUGGUAGAGGAGCGUCAAAUGGUAGUCCACGUGGAAGCGUCGUUAACGGAUGAGCCCGCAGUCAUAAAUGAUGACAGCUUUGUAAAUGUGUGGAGGAAACUUGUUACGUUCAAAGAGGGCGAGAAUCUCGAAGAUCAAAUUGAUUUUAUCAUCUGUCUCGGUGGUGACGGGACGCUUCUUCACGUCUCUACACUCUUUCAGGAGAGCUGCCCGCCAGUUUUGGCAUUUCAUCUGGGAUCACUCGGAUUUCUAACCUCCUUCAGAUUUGAUAGAUUUCGGGAGCACGUCACAAAGGUUUUGGAUGGGCACGCCAGGCUGACAUUAAGAAGUAGACUGCGUUGUAUCAUAACUAAGUACCACACGGACAGCAACGAGAAUUGCAAAACACCAAACAUGCAGAGAUACACGGUUCUGAAUGAGGUUGUCAUAGACCGUGGCCAAUCUCCUUACCUCAGUAACCUGGAGGUAUACUGUAACGAUUAUCACAUCACCUCAGUCCAGGGUGACGGCCUGAUCAUCUCCACACCAACUGGCAGCACAGCAUACGCAGUUGCCGCUGGAGCAUCGAUGGUGCACCCAACUGUACCAGCCAUACUCAUCACCCCCAUCUGCCCUCAUUCGCUGUCAUUUCGCCCUAUCGUCCUACCUGCAGGAGUGGAGAUUAAGAUCGUAGUUAGUCUCGAGAGUCGCAAUACGGCCUGGGCAUCCUUCGAUGGACGAAAUCGGCAAGAACUCGAUUUGGGAGAGAGUAUUCGUAUCACAACUUCCGUUUUCCCUGUGCCUUCAAUCAACUGCGUCAACCAGGUCACUGAUUGGUUCACGAGCCUCGCCGAGUGUCUUCACUGGAAUGUACGCGAACAACAACAAAGCUUGUCCCUUAACAGCGUACGCUUAAAACAACAAUAAUGUUUAACAGGAGGAGCAUUGAAAGUCACCAUGAUUUUAGAGGAAAUAUGUUAUCGAUAACAUUAUAAAAAUGGCGAAUUUAUGAGUUUUUAGAUUUUUACCUAUGGUAGCUUCUCAGCUCAGCUCAUGGUCAAUCCUUUGGUUUACUAUUCGGUCAUAGAUCUUCGCCUUUUUAUGCUGAAGGCUUGGUCGAGGUUUACAUAUUCAUUUUUUAUACAAAAACCUAGUCAACUAACUUUCGAUGACGAAUUUGUUUUUAGCAACGUGCUAUAAAUGCUAGUGAAGUAUGUAUAUGUUUAUGAAAACAGCCCUCAUUAGGAAAGUCGAUUUUUGUAAACCAGGCGACUGUCUACCAAAGCAAACGGUUCUGGACAUUCCAAGUUAAGGGGGGGGGGGGGGGCUUAUAUUGUGUUAGGAUCAUCAAUGGGUUCUGUACACAUGCACAGGAGAAACACGAGUGUAGCGGAAGCCCAUCGGAUUUAUUUGUUGAACUGAAUUGUAAAUAGACAAUGGCUAAUAUGUACUUAUAUAAGAAUGACAAUUGAUGUAUAUUGGAGGCGAAUGCAAGAAUAAGAUAAUCAACUUAUCAAGGAUAUGGAAGUUACCAUUUUAUCUCGCCUGUCGGACAUUGUAAAUAUAUACACUUGAAAUCC